AUGGCUUCAAGAGCUGUAGCCUCCAUUGCCUUGCUCCUCUCCCUCAACCUUCUUUUCUUCAGUGCAGUGAGCGCUACCACUUGCCCCGUGGAUGCCCUCAAGUUCAAAGUAUGUGCCAAUGUGUUGGGCCUCAUUAAGAUCCCACCAGAUGCUCCUUGCUGCAGCCUCAUUGAAAAUCUUGUUGAUCUUGAAGCUGCUCUUUGCCUUUGCACUGCUAUCAAAGCUAAUAUCUUGGGCAUUGACCUCAAAGUUCCACUCGACCUGAGCUUGGUCCUCAACAAAUGCGGCAAGAAAGUUCCACAAGGAUUUAAGUGUCCAUAA